AUGCGGAGGCCGCCCAAGCCCAAGCGAGCGGCGGCGGCGGCCACCUUCCUCCUCUCACUCUCCCUUCUCCUCCUGCCGCUCGGCUUCGUCGCCACCCACAGGGCAUUCUCCAGUGGCGUCGCCGCCGCGUCCACGUCCACCGCCAAGCGUGUUCUUCUCGAGGACGACGGCCAUGCCAAUGCCGCCGCCGCCGCCGAGCACGCGGCUGCCGUGGAGCGGCACUGCGCGGGGAUGCUGCACCGCGACGUCUGCGCGUCGACGCUGGCCACCAUCCCGGACCUGGCGCAGAAGCCGGUGCGCGACGUGAUCUCAGCGGUGGUGGCGCGCGCGGCGGCCGCGGUGCGCGCGUCCGCGUCCAACUGCUCCGCGUACCUCCGCCGGCCCGCGGGGGCCGGGGCGCUGCGGGUGCGCGACCGCCUGGCGCUGUCCGACUGCGUGGAGCUGCUGGGGCACACGCUGGCGCAGCUGGGCACAGCGGAGGCGGAGCUGUCGUCGGGGAACCGCAGCGCGGAGGAGUCCGUGGCCGGGGUCCAGACCGUGCUGUCGGCCGCCCUGACCAACCAGUACACCUGCCUGGACGGCUUCGCGGGCCCGUCGGCGUCGGAGGACGGCCGCGUCCGUCCCUACAUCCAGGGCCGCAUCUACCACGUGGCCCACCUGGUGUCCAACUCCCUCGCGAUGCUGCGCCGCCUCCCGCAGCGGCGCCGUCGGGGCAGAGAGGCUCUGGAGCUGGAAGGGUACGGGCGCGUGCGGCGCGGGUUCCCGUCGUGGGUGUCGGCGGCGGACCGGAGGCGGCUGCAGCAGCAGCAGGUGGUCCUGGUCCCGGACCUGGUGGUGGCCAAGGACGGGAGCGGCAACUUCACGACGGUGGGGGAGGCGGUGGCGGCGGCGCCCAACAACAGCGAGGCGCGGUUCGUGAUCUACAUCAAGGCGGGGGGCUACUUCGAGAACGUGGAGGUCGGGAGCGAGAAGACCAACCUGAUGUUCGUCGGCGACGGCAUGUGGAAGACGGUGAUCAAGGCCAGCCGCAACGUCGUCGACAACUCCACCACCUUCCGCUCCGCCACGCUAGGUCAGUAA